GAGAAGGUGAUCGAUUCACGUUGAAGUUUAACGACCCAAAAGUAUGUAAAAGCUUUCUACUUGAAUGUUGCCCACAUGAAAUUCUAGCAUCAACGAAAAUGCCUGCGCUUUUUCUGUUAAGAUGAGGAUAGAAAAUUGUGUGUUGUUGUAGGCGUAUUUGUAAGUACAAUUGACGUACGUAUUAAACACAAUUAAUAAACAAAAACAAAACACAAAUCAAACAAAUUUCUACAAACAAACCAAAAAAAAAGCAACAAAAUUACAAAUUAAAUCAAAGCUGCUGAGACAAAAAGCGAGAGCGAAAAAAACUGGCUGCACAGUAUAAUAGAUGGCUUUCAACGACCGAAAGCCAAUCUAUUAAAGUCAUUUUUUAAAUAAAACAUAAAGUUAUUCGUCAAUUCUUUUUUUAUUUUAUCAAUUAAUUAUUAUUUUCGCGUUUGCUAAAUUGGUUUUUCCAUGGGAUUCAAUGUAUUGAGUCAUUGUUUUUGGUCCAUCAUCAUGGACAUCUUCUUUUUUUAUUAUUUUGGUUUUUCUUUUCAAUCGCACUUCAAACCAAGCAUUACACGUGCGACCCUUGAAUCCGUUCAGAUUCUUACAUUGAAAAACACCUUUUUUUUAUCGUAAACAUUUAGAUGUUUAGUUCAACUAUAGUAAUAACUACAAAAAAAAAUUAAACAAAAACAAAUUCCAAUCGCAAAACACGGUGAAAAAAAAGACAAAUAUGAUUAGCUAAUUUAUUUCAAGUUUUCCGUCUGCCCGUCGUGUCUCAUUGUAAAUCACUUUGUAUAGAAAGUAGAGCGCUAUGUAUUGGUGAGUAAAUUAUUGUUUAAAACACAACCAACCAACAAAAAAAACACAUAAAAAAACAUCCAGCUUGAGCUAUGUUUUGGGUAAAAAAAAUUAUAUCAGUUUUUUUAGACAUUUAAAAAAUAAAUAAAUUUAAAUCGAAAAAUUGAGGCUUGCUGCCAUGAUUUUCACGCCACACACCGUCAACUGGAGAAAUAUAAAUCGUAUAUCGAACGAUUUGACCAUACGACCACACGAACGGUCUUUUUUGCACGGGCUAAAGUUUCAAUCGGCGUUUUUACUUUGACUACGCCAAACACGUCGUGGUGAACGAUUCUCGCUUUUUCACAUCCCAUUUCACAGAGUCAUUCCAACAUUUCGAAAGGGAUUCCCGAAGACGAUUCGCCGUUUUCAAACCUAAAUACUCUUUGAAAGAGAGAGAGAGAGCAUUUUUGGUUCGAAGUAGAUUUAGCUAGAACCAAAUGAAUUUUUUUUUGAAAAAAAUCCGACUUUUGCUGCAAAAGAAAAACAAUCUACUUUAAAAGAAAUGACAUGGGAAUCUCAAAUUGAGAACACUUCUUUUUCUACGAAAAUUUUCUGAUCGAAAAAUUUUCUGAAGAAAUUCUUCUUUCAAAGAAACAAAAAAUACUAUAUCCUGAAGGAAUGCGAUGUUUCGUGGUUUUUUGGCCACAAUUUCUAUUGUAAUCACCAAAAGACGAAAAAAUUAAAGAAAUUUAUAUUAUUUGACACUCGAACGAUGUCCACUGCAUUUUCAAAGGAAAAUUUGCAAAAAAAAAUGCAAAAAUCCAAAGGCUCUCUGAAAUCACCUAUGUUACUUUUGCCUAAAACGUCAAUGUCAUUAGCAGCAUUGACGUUCUACUGACUUAAAAGCAUUGAAAUGUCAAUUGCUUUGACGUUCUAGGCACAAAUUUCCGAGAGCCUUUCUUUAGCCAAUUUUAAGCUUUUCUUAGCUUCCAUGUCAAUGCUCCUUCAAAAUGUCAAUUCAAAUUUCCAAAUGCUUCAUCGAACAUCAUUUUUCUACAUUUGAACUUCAUUUAUCAAUCUAUUGCUCACACACCGCAUCGAUUCCAUUCUUCUCGAGUUAAAAUCAUUGCUUCCGAACUUUAGUCCGUCCGAAAUUACACGUGAACUGGUUCUAUUUUCUCCAAACUUAAGAACAAAACCAAUUGAUUUCAAAAGCGUAAGCUUUUGUCAUUUUACUAAAAAAAAAAGAGUAAAAACAAAAACGUUUUAUCAUCGAUAAAACCGAUUGCAUGGAACGCCCAUAUUGAUUGUGAUCUUUUCUUUUUCUCUCUUUUUUUCUUUCUUUCUGUUUCUUCUCAAUUUUAUCUUUGUUGAAAUCAGCGCAUGGAUUUGGGCGAGUGUCCAAAGGUGCACGAUCUUGCAUUGCGAGCUGACUAUGAGAAGGCAGCCAAGCACAAAGACUACUACUAUGACAUCGAUGCAAUGGAGCAUCUGCAAGCGUUCAUCGCUGAUUGUGAUCGACGUACGGAGGCGGCAAAAAAGCGUUUGGCCGAAACACAAGAGGAGCUAACGGCUGAGGUGGCGGUUAAAGCGAAUGCUGUCCAUCAAUUAGCCGAGGAAAUUGGUAAGAAAUUAGCCAAAGCAGAGGCACUCGGCGAAGCCGGCGAAGUGGAAGAGAGUGUACAGUUAAUGGCGGAAAUCGAUGAGUUGCGUGCGAAAAAAGUGCAAGCUGAACAAGAGUAUCGGUCAUCAAUGCCGGCCAGCAGCUAUCAACAGCAAAAAUUACGCGUUUGCGAAGUUUGCUCCGCAUAUCUAGGCAUUCAUGACAACGACAUUCGAUUAGCCGAUCAUUUUGGUGGUAAAUUACAUUUAGGUUUUAUGGCCAUACGCGAUAAGCUUGCUGAAUUGGAGAAAACGGCCGGUCCACGGAAAAAUGAUAUGAAACGAUCGGGUCGCAGUGAACGUGACUAUGAUGACAGUUCGAGUUCAAGAUACGGUAAGAGUCGCUACUAUGUUGGUGGUAGGGAAUUAGAUCGGCGUUCUCGUGUGCAUCGAUCACGAAGCAAAGAGCGCCGGCAUGGACGAUCAAGCCGCAGCAAAAGCUAUUCAUCACGUCGACGAUCACGUUCACGCUCACACUCCAGGGAUCGACGAUGAAAUGGACCAUAACAAACACAGAAACACACAACAAACACACACUCACCCACAACAGAUUACACCGGAUUAUUGGAAAAAGUAACACACAACAUUGAAUUAUUUAACAUUUAAGACAUUUAAAAAGGAAAAUAAAACAAAAACGAUUUAAAUCCAAUAAAA